GUAAAAACAAACAACAUCUCAUUAUUGCUGUAUAAAAUCACAGAGAAUCGUCAAAAUUUAUUUCAGUUUAGAAAAAUUAUUCAAGUUAAAAUGAAGCUGCUCUUCUUCUUCUUAUUUGUUUCAUUAUCAGUAGUGUUGGUAUCAUCAGAAUGCGGACCAAAUGAAGAUGUCUUUGACUGCCAAUCAUCAUCACGUAAUGAUUGUGGAUGUUCAAUGAUUGCAAAAGCUGACUGUGUUACUGGAUGCAUGUGCAAAAAUGGAUAUUGCAGAAAAUCUUACAACGAACCAUGUGAAAAAAGAAGCUGUCAACAUCCUUACUACUCAUAAAUAUUUAAAUCCUUUUUUGUUGAGGUUUUAAUUUGGUGGAAUAUAUUGGUUUUUGUUGUUUUAAUCGUAUCGUAAAUAAAAUUGAAUAUUUGUGAUGAAACUUUA